AUGCCUCACUGUCCCUACUCCGCCGUGCCCGACCCGGCCUGUAUCCCUGGGUUUACGGGCUUCUCCUGCUACCCUUACUGCAUGGGCAUCCACCUGAAGGGGAGCAUCAAUCAGGGCAUCGUCCUGUACGGAGCCAACGACUGGAGGGACUCGGUCCAGUAUAUCCUCAGGGAUUGCGGCGUCGGGCAGUCCACCGCGGGAGGGCUGGUUGCAGGGCUGCAGAGCAAUGCGAAUGCCCGCUUCACGGCCUCCUGGGACCCGGCAAGCCAGAGCUGUGUGAACAGUGGCGGGGGACGUGGCUCGAAGAGCUGCGAGUCCCAGACACAGCCGGUACUGCGCCGGGGAGCCGAGCAACUUCCGUUCUCCAUCGUGAUCGGCUCGGACUCGAGCUACGGCAGGGUGAGGGUCUGGAAGAUGAACGCCUUCGCGCUGGACCAGAGCCAGACCACGGCGGCCAACGUGAUGACAUGGACCUUCGAGGGCUUCAGCGGCGACCAGACCCUGCAAAACUCAGUGACUGGCAAGGGCCCCGGCGUUCAAUGUUGCCUACUGAAAUGA